AUGGCGGAGGGAGAAACCGUGCCCGGUGAAGAGGACUUCAUCGACCCCGAUGAGAUCGAGGCAAACCCGCCACCGGAGGCCGUCGACCUGAAGUUGCACUUUCAAUCUGGUGACCAAGCUGGGCUUUGGGCCGGUUUCGAUGAUCGAGGAGUUCCUCACCUCAAUGCCAAGGGGAAGAAGCUCACCAGAAAGGAGAAGGAGCUGGUGGAAACUGAGUACAUGGCAGCGAAGAAGAAAUGUCAGCAACAGCUGAAGGCCUGGGAUGACUGGGAACAUCAAGUGUCUCAAGCCGAAAGGGCGCUGGCCGGCAGAGAUCGCAUCCGCUGGGCAUAUCGGGCUGUGGGAAACAAGAUUGGAAACAAGCAUGAAAUCUUACAGCCCGAAGAUCUGAAGGGCUUUGCCAAGAAGAUGGGCUGGGACGCGCUGGGAAAGGAGGACCACGGCAGCUUUGAGAAGGCUGUGGCACCUCGGAGGCCUUGGCGAGGAGGGCGUAGCUGCUCCGUGCGAAGCUGGCUGAUGGGUGAUGGCAGAGAGCAAGUGCACUUGGAAGAUAUACGGAGCUACAUCGCGGGCGAGAUGCCGCAACAUUUUCUCCAGCAUCGUAUGGACCACUUCUUCCGCACCUUAGGCAAAGAGUGGAGCCGCAUGAUGGACUGCGUCCCUAAUGUCGUACCUGCAGAGGCAAGCAGGUUUGCGAGGUGUUCUUUGAGCUGGCUUACUUUGGCACACCACAAACCGAAGGUUCGAUACGAGCAUGUUGAAGAUUGA